AUGCCUGGAACUACUGGCAUCACGUACUUCAAGCGUCCCGAGCAUGGUCCGCUGGGCGACAUGGGUAAUACUGGGAGCGAUAAACAAAGUUUGCAGAUCAUAGAAGAUCCAUUGCAAGAUCUGAGAACAACAGGAUCUUAUUUACGGGAAGUUGUUCGGUCUCGGAGUUUUUCGCCAGCUGAGCGCACAUCCACGCCUGAAGUACCCUCUGGAGAGCGGUGGGGCACACUCCACGAGAGGUCUGAGGCACUGGCGUUCCAGCAGCAUCCCGCAGAUAACUCGCCCAGGCAGAGCAUUGCUCAGUCAAUUGACAAGCAGCCGGAAAUGCACCAUGGCGCUUUCCCUGUCCACGAUGAUAUGCUGCCCGAAAUUGGGUACGGCCAGGAUAAUGAGUCUGAUACCUCGACAAACCCUUCGAUCAUACAGGGUCCGCUGGGUGGAGGCGAUGGUUACUUUGAUCAGAUUGAAGAUAGGCCGCUCCCUUUUCAGGAAGCGCCUUGUACAUCAGGUGCUCGAACCGAUUUCGACUAUAGUGGAGAUGGGUACGGGGAGGAGUGGGUUGGGAUGAGACAUCAUCAUCCUACAAGACUGGAUGACCUGUCGAGUGAGCAUGAGACUUCUCCAGGAUCUGAAACAACCAAGGGGCAUAUCGGCUCUGCGACGCCGCCUGUCUUACAGCCUCGAGCUUCCCCGUCUGAGGUGCGCGACUUAACAUCAUCUGCGCUCGUCGGUGCUACCCUGCGCGGUCCAGCAUCUUCCUUGCCCGGCGACACAAGCGUCAGGACGAUAAGGCAUACGAAAGCUGGAACAGAGGGGCAUCAAAGAGGCGCUGGAUACGCAGGAAAGAUGAAGAUUGAGUUUGAGCCCCGCUCGGACGACAACCCUAUAUUUUCACCGACUCACUGUGUAGACGGCUUCGCUCGAAAGCAUCAAGGUAGCGUGGCAGAAAGCAUCUCAGAUGUAGAUAUGGCUGGGGAAGAAGAUGAAGUGGACAUCGUUGAUGUUCUGUUGAUGCAGUGGAUCAAGCCUGUAUUGAGGGAGCCCGAUAGAGCCUGA